AUGCCGUCGAAACAGACGAAAUCCACAGCUUCAGAAGAAACCCAAGAGGCUGAUGAUGAGGUGGAGGAAACCGAGCCAAACCCAGAGGAGAGAGGCGGCGGCGGCGGCGUAGCCGGCGAGGAAUCCACUAAACGGGAGAGGAGUCAGAAGAAACACAAGAGAGCAGGAAGCUCGGACAGUUUGGAGGCCCCAGAGGAAGAGAAGACCAAAAGAGAGGGAGACAGGGUAAAAGAGAAGAAGAAGAAGAAGAAACCAGGGGAGGAAGCUGAAGAUGAGUCUGUGAUUAGAAGCAACGAUGGUGACAGCGAGCAGAACAACAACCAGACAGAAUGCAAACCCAAAAAGGAGAAGUCAGAGAAGCUCAAGGAGGAAGUGACUGAAGGAGGCAAGGAGGAGAAGAAGAAAAAGAAGAAAUCCUCCUCAGAGAGUCCAGAGGCAGAGGACGAGAUGGGCUCCACGGACAAGAAGUCCAAGGACGGGAAAAAGAAGAAAAAGUCCCACAGCAACGAUGACGAGGAGCCUUUAAUGGAAGAGCAAGAAGAGGAAGACGCAAAGAAGAAGAAGAAGAAGAAGGCCAAGAAGAAGGGAUCUGCAGACAGUGAUGAAGACAAGAAGAAGAAGGGGAAGAAGUCCCGGACCAGGCAGGUGGACUACGCUGUGCUCUACCAGAACGAACUGCUGAACUACCACACCGACUCCUCUGACGGCUACGACGACGAGUACUACAAGAAGAAAGUGUACGAGGUGGUGACCAUAACCGGGGACGUCAAGGGCGCCGGGACGGACGCCAACGUGUUUGUUACCCUGUUUGGAGAGUUUGGCGUCACGCCGAAGGUUCACCUGGCCAGCAACACAGAAAAGAGAAGCCGGACAGCUUUUGAGAAGAACAAAACAGAUGUUUUCCGAAUCAAAACACACAACGUGGGACCUAUAAAGAAGUUGAGGAUCGAGCACGACAAUACAGGGAUGAACGCCAGCUGGUUCCUGGACAGAGUGGUGGUGACCGACAUGAACCGGCCCCAUCUGCGCUUCUACUUUGCCUGCAGCAACUGGCUGAGUCGGGAGGAGGCCGACAACCUGUUUGUCCGGGACCUGCAGGGAAGCCUGAACCCCAUGGACGUCCCCAAAUCCAAUAAAUACAUAGUUAGUGUAUUCACGGCUGACAUGAAGGGAAGUGGAACUGACGCCGAUGUCUUUCUCAACAUCUUUGGAGAGAAUGGAGAUACAGGAGAGAAACGACUGGACAGCGACAAAGACAACUUCGAACGCGGCUCCGAGGACAAGUUCACCAUCGAGUCUCCCAACCUGGGCAGGCUGAGGAAAAUCACAAUUGGUCACAACAACAGAGGCUCCUCAGCAGGAUGGUUUCUGGAUAAGGUGGUCAUAGAUGACAUGGGGAAUAAAGAAGUGUAUGAGUUCCCAGUUAAUCGUUGGUUUGCAAUGGAUGAAGAUGACGGCAAAAUACAGAGGGAUGUGCUGGUUGGGUCCAUGCAGCCAAUGGGAAUUGUGUACAAUGUACAAGUGAUGACUGGAAAUAUUCGAGGUGCGGGCACCAACUCUAAGAUCCACAUCGUCAUGCACGGCUCCAAGGGCAUUAAAAACAGUGGCAAAAUCUUCCUGGAGGGCGGUGCCUUCGAGCGAGGCCUCAUCGACAUUUUCAAUGUGGAGAUCUGUGAACUGAUCAGCCCGCUCAGCAGGGUGACCAUCGGGCACGACAAUGGCGCCGUAGGAGCCGGAUGGUAUUGUGAAAAGGUGGUGGUAUAUUGUCCAUUCACGGGCAUUGAGCAGACAUUUCAGUGUGGGAUGUGGCUGGAUGAGGACGAGGGUGAUGGACUGAUCGAGAGGGAGCUGUACGAGAUGGUUUCACUCAGGCAGAGAAAACAGAAAAAGUACCCCUGGUCUCUGUGGAUCUGGACUUCGGAUGUGAAGGGGGCCGGAACUGAUGCUCAGGUCUUCCUGCAAAUCUAUGGAGAAAGAGGCAAGUCUGACGAGAUCAGACUGGAAAACAACUCAGACAGUUUUGAACAAGGACAGCUUGAUAAAUUCAUGAUUGAAAUGCCUGACAUUGGAAGACUGCUGAAGGUGCGGAUCUGGCAUGAGAAGAGACAUCCAUUCUCUGGUUGGCAUUUAGCGAAGGUUACUUUACUCAAAACAUUAACCAUGGAGAAGUACUCUUUUGAGUGUGGCCGCUGGCUGGACAUCAAUGAAGAUGACAAUGAGAUUGUGAGAGAGCUUCCAGCUACAGGAGCUUUAAUCGACGAGCCGCUGCCACUGAUCAAGUAUCGCGUCACCAUCUGCACUGGGAACAUCAGCGGCAGUGGCACUGACGCCAGCGUAUUCCUAAAUGUGGUGGGCGACUUUGGGGACACGGGGGAGCGGCUGAUGAUCACCAGCAAAAACAACGUCAACAAAUUCGAGAAGGGAAACCACGACGAGUUUCUCAUCGAGGCCGUGUCCCUGGGUCAGGUGCGCCGGGUCCGGGUGGGUCACGACGGCCGCGGCGGAGGCUGCGGCUGGUUUCUUGACAAGGUGAUGGUCCGAGAGGAGGGCCAGCCGGAGAGCCUGGCCGUAGAGUUCCCCUGCUUCAGGUGGCUGGACCGUAACGAGGACGAUGGGCAGAUUGUCCGUGAGUUAGUUCCAGCUGGAGACGGCGUGCGCCUCUUCAAUGUUGGCUACCACAUCGCCAUCAAGACAGGCAACGUGAACGGAGCCAGCUCUGAUUCGAAGGUGUUCGUCAAGCUGUACGGAGAGAAGGGAGACACCAACAAGAUGAUACUGGCGGUCUCCGACAACGACCUCAGGAACUACUUUGAGACGGGCCGCACUGACAUCUUCACCAUUGACACCUUCGACAUUGGACAGGUCAACCGCCUUCUGAUUGGUCAUACCAACGAAGGUUUGCGGGCCGGAUGGUUUCUGGACAGUGUGCAGCUCCUGGUGCCAGUCCAUGGGAAGCAGUACAUGUUCCCCAGCCACCGCUGGCUCUGCAAAGACGAGGCUGAUGGAAAAGUGGAAGUGGAGAUCUACCCCAGUGAGAUCUUGGACAUCGAAAAGUUGAUCAACUACGAAGUAACGGUUGUCACAGGUGAUGUUCGGGCUGGUGGAACCAACGCUAACGUCUUCUGUCAGAUCUACGGAGACGGCGGGAAAACAGAAGUCCUCACCCUGAAAAGUCGUUCCAACAACUUUGAACGUGGCACAAUGGAAAUCUUCAAGAUCGAAGCUCAGGAUGUUGGGAAGAUCUAUAAGAUGCGCAUCUACCAUGACGGAAGUGGCAUCGGAGACGGCUGGUUCCUGGAGACGGUGGACGUCAAGCGCUUGACGAUGGCCACGGUCCAGGUAGUGGUGAAGAAGGAGGAGACUCCCAAGAAAGACAAGAAGAAGGACAAGAAGAAGAAGAAGAAGGAAGAGGAGGAGGUGGAGGUGGUUGAGCAGCUGCAGGAGGUGGUGGAGACCUUCACCUUCCCCUGCAGCCGCUGGCUGGCCAAGGACGAGGAGGACGGCGAGGUCGUGGUGGAGCUGUUGACUGAGGACAAUGAGGACUUGGAAAUGAAUUCCUACGAGGUUCAUGUGUUCACGGGGACCAUGUGGGGAGCGGGGACGGACGCAAAUGUGUUCAUCAACAUCUACGGAGAGAUCGGCGACACGGGGGAACGACGGCUCCGAAAAUCCAACAACCUGAACAAAUUUGAGAAAGGCCAGGAGGACAUUUUCAGCGUCGCAGCCGUGGACCUGGGGAUGUUGAAGAAGCUGAGGAUCCGACACGACAACCAGCAGGCCGGCGCCGGCUGGUUUUUAGACCGGGUGGAGAUCGUGGAUAACAGGGACGACACCACGUACUUCUUCCCUUGUAAGCGGUGGCUCGCUACUGACGAGGACGACGGACAGCUGGCCCGGGAGCUGGUUCCUGUGGACGAGGCCUUCAUGAGGAAGGGGGACGAUGACGAGGAUGACUCUGAGGCCACACUCGGUUUGGAACAGAAAGCCAUGUCCACAACCUACACUGUCACAAUCAAAACUGGAGACAAGAAGUAUGCAGGAACAGAUGCCAACGUCUUUAUGAUCCUGUACGGCACCAAAGACGACACAGGUUUAAUCAAUCUGAAGGCUUCAAAGACUCACAGAAACAAGUUUGAGCGUGGACUAACAGACAGGUUCACGGUGGAGGCGGUGGACAUCGGGCCUCUGAAGAAGCUGCGAAUUGGACACAAUAACUGUGGAGGAGGGUCGGCAGGGUGGUUCCUGGACUGGGUGGAGAUCGAUGCCAAAUCUCUGGGACAGAAGCUCCGCUUCCCCUGCGGCCGCUGGCUGGAUCGAGGAGAAGACGACGGCGCCAUCGUCAGAGAUCUUUUCCCAAAUCCCCUUCAGACUGAGUUUUACACACCAUUCGUCCCAUAUGAGAUUAAAACCUUCACCAGCGACGUGUUUGGAGCAGGCACGGACGCAGACGUCUGCAUCGUCCUGUACGGUCGAGAUGCAGUGUGCACCCAGCAGAAGUCUCUGUGUGUCAACAAGAGGGAGCGCAGGAUGUACUUUGAGAGAGGAGCUGAGGACAUGUUCAUCGUGGAGUUGGAAGAUGUGGGGGACGUAAUCGAGAAGAUUCGGAUAGGCCAUGACAACCGUGGGGUCAAUCCGGGCUGGCAUCUGGACAGAGUGGAGAUCAGACGUCUGCUCAGGAAGGGAAAGGGUUCAGAGACCAUCAUCUUCCCUUGUGAGAGGUGGCUGGCCAGGUCAGAGGAUGAUGGAGAGACGGUGAGGGAGCUGGUGCCCUCUGACAUUAUCACUGAGAAACUCUCCCGAGACGGCAGCCUCAAAGUGACUGAAGUGGAGGUGGAUGACGCCUUAGAGACUCACAUGUACAGUGUGUCGGUGAUGACCGGGGACGUGUACGGAGCUGGCACCGACGCCAACGUCUUUCUCACAGUUUACGGAGACUUAGGAGACACCGGGGAGAGGAAGCUGAGCAAGUCGGAGACCAACAGCAACAAGUUCGAGCGAGGAUCUGUGGAUAAGUUCACUAUCGAGGCCGUGGACCUGGGUCAGGUCUUCAGGAUUAAAAUCCGCCAUGAUAACAGCAUGGUGAGUGCUGACUGGUACCUGGACCAGGUGGAGGUGGUGGACCUGGACACGGAGGAGGUCUUCCUCUUCUUAUGUGAGCGCUGGCUUUCCAGGAAGAGGGAGGACAGACGCAUCCAAAGGAUCUUCUACGUCAAGGGUUAUGACGGAGUGCGAGAGGGCCUGAGCAGUAAGAAGACCUCAGCUCUGACUCCGAAGAGCGUCGACAGUAACAUGAACAAGAAGAGCAAAAGGAAGAAGGAAGAGGAGGAUAUCCAGCCCCCGACUAUUCCGUACCACAUGACGCUCUGCACCGGGCUGGAGCGAGACGCCGCCACGGCCAGCAGAGCCUAUGUGAUCAUCAUGGGGACCGACCACAGCCGGACGGACAGGCUGUGGCUGGACCUGGACGGCAGGACGGGCUUCCAGGCCGGCUCCCUGGAGAGCUUCCAGUGUCACGGCUCAGAUGUGGGGGAGAUCAAAAAGGUGGAGCUCGGCCAUGACGGAGCCACUCCGGAGAGCUGCUGGCUGGUUGAGGAGCUGGCCGUUGCCGUGCCAACCAAAGGGGUCAAAUACAUUUUUGCUUGCAAGUGCUGGCUGGCCAAAGACCGAGGAGACGGGCUGACCGCCAGGGUGUUCAACGUGCUGGACGCUGAAGCCAUCUCCAUCUCUCAGAAGGUCAUCUACGAGGUGACGGUGGUGACAGGAGACGUGCAGCACGCAGGAACCGACACUCAGAUCUUCAUGUCUGUGUUUGGAGUCAACGGCAGCACCGAGGAGAUGCUGCUGCAGAAGAAUGAAGACAGGUUCGAGCGUGGGCAAGAAGACACGUUCAACAUGGAGGUGGACGACAUCGCCCCCCUGAGGAAGAUGAGGCUCCGGGUGGACGGCUCCGGGAGUCGACCGGACUGGUUCCUUGAUAAGGUGAUCCUGCGUGACCUCAGCACAGAGGAGGUGUGUGUGUUCUCCUACGACGACUGGCUGUCCAGGACCAGGGGGCCGCGGAGGACCCUGAUCUGUGAGAUGGCUGCAGUGGUGGACGAGGAGCUGAUGGUGGAGCUCACCACCUACGUCAUCCAGGUGAAGACCAGUGACGUGGCAGGGGCUGGGACCGAUGCCAAUGUGUGGAUUAUUGUCUUCGGAGAGAACGGAGACACGGGGACGCUGGCCCUGAAAGAGUGCAACAAGUCCAACAAGUUUGAACGCAAGCAGCUGGACACUUUCCGCUUCCCCGACAUCCUCAGCCUGGGAGAGCUCUCCAAAGUGCGAGUCUGGCACGACAACUCAGGUCUCGCUCCUGGAUGGCACUUGGAGUACAUGGACGUGAAGGAUGAAUACAUGGACAGAACAUUCCGUUUCCCCUGCGACCGCUGGCUCGCCAAGAACGACGACGACGGACAGAUCAUGAGGGAGCUGGCCUGUGCUAACAACGACUACUUAGACCUCAACGAGAAGACCAAAUAUGAGAUCUGUAUUACAACUGGUGACACUCCAGAAGCAGAAACCAAGGAAAAUGCCUGGAUUGUGCUGGAGGGGAGGAAAGGCCGAUCAAAAGAAUUCAUAAUGGAGAACUCUCCAAAGAAGAAGCGGUUCUUACGGGGGAACGUCGACAGGUUUGAGUUUUCCUCCAAGAAUGUGGGCGAUAUCGCAGGGAUUUGUCUGGGCCACACUCCCAAGGAUGGAAAGAAGGUGAAGGGGGAGGUGUACUGGUUCGUGGAGGAGGUGGUCGUCACUGAAAGAGAACUGGGAAACAAGUACAUCUUCAGCUGCAACGCCCUCGUCCCGCUCUCUCCCAAGAGGGAUGACUUCUUGACCUUCGAGUGCUCAAAGACCAUGGAGAGCUUCGCCAGCAGAGCCCGGAGCCUGGUGCCCGUCAAGUAUGAGAUCAUUGUCAUCACGGGCGACGAGAAGGGCGCGGGGACGGACGCCGACGUCUUCAUCACCAUCUACGGCACCAACGGAGACUCGGGCCGCCGCCAGCUGCGGCAGAAGUUUCGUAACUUGUUUGAGCGUGAGCAGACGGACCGCUUCUUGCUGGAAAUGCUGGAUAUGGGAGAGCUGCAGAAGGUUCGCGUGGAGCACGACAACUCCGGCCUCAGCCCCGGCUGGCUGCUGGACCGGGUGGAGGUCACCAACACGGCCAACGGCGUCACCACCAUCUUCCUCUGUGGGAAGUGGCUGGACAGGAAGCGAGCCGACGGACAGAUCCACAGAGUCCUCUACCCAAAAUACUGAAGCUUCCUCCCUCUGUGACUGGAGCUCCACUCGGUGUCACGAGUGCUUCUGACAAUGCUCAGAAACACACUUUUACAAGAGGAGCCAGCUUUCCCUUCGUACUGUCUUUAGAUAUGGAAUGUUGUGUCCUGUA